AUGCGAAUAAAAUCAAGUGGAGUCUCACUCCUGCUAUCCACACUACUACCCGGCCUGGCUUCAGCCUCCGGCUUCGACUGCGAACACAUCAAGGUCGACGGUUACAAAUAUGACCUCAGCCCCCUAAAAGGCGUCCACGAACUGUCACACGGCGUAACUACAGACGAUUUCGUUACCAAUACGACAUACCGUCUCAAUAUCUGCAAUAUUCUGGGUUCAGCGGCUCAUCAGGGCAAGGCGACGUGCGGCGCAAGCAGGAACGUCUGCGGCUUCGUACAACGGACACCAAAAGAUGGAAACGGCGGUACGGAAUUCGGCUUCCCGAUCGUCGGACUCGACCACGGCGGCCACGGCUCAAAGGAUCCCGAAGUGAAGCGAUUGAAGCAAGAUAACCCCGACGCCGAAGGUCUCCUCGUUAAGUUGGCUGGUGGCGAAUACAAGGGCGACGACAAUGAGCAGAAAGCCAAGACUGCAGGUGCUGUCAUUGAAUUCCAGUGUGAUCCCGAUCGAUCCGGACUGGAGGGAUUACGCACAAUCCAAGAUAUAGUGGAAGAUACACCCGCGCAGGUUUUGCGCCGCAUGGCUGCCGCGGAAGAAGGAGAGACGCCAAAGAAUAGCAGUCUCCAAUUUAAGAGCUUUGGUCCUGCGGAUGAUGACACCUACGUUCUGAGAUUGGAUUGGCGUACUCGGUAUGCCUGUGAUGAUUACCAGAAGGAUAAGAGUGGUGAUACUUCCGGCUCGAAGAGCUGGGGCUUCUUCACUUGGUUGAUUAUCAUUGCUUUCCUUUGUACCGCCGCCUACCUCAUCUUCGGCUCAUGGCUGAACUACAACCGCUACGGCGCCCGCGGCUGGGACCUCCUCCCGCACGGCGACACCAUCCGUGACGUUCCAUACAUCUUCCAGGACUGGCUCCGUCGUGUUAUCAACACACUACAGGGAUCAGGCUCGCGAGGCGGCUACAGUGCAGUUUGA